GUUGAGUUUGCUCCAACCUGAGGAGCAGCCAGCGCGAGCUGCUCGUACUAUGGGAGCUUAAACGGUGGUCGAGGGGGCCAAAAUUCACACACUGAGAGGGUUUCAGCGCACUGGGACGAAGAGGAUAUAUACCUACACUGAAGGUCGACGCAUUCAUUAAGGAGUUUAUUACGUUGAGCCUGAAAAACAGCGAAAAAAUAUGCGGAUAACGGAUAGUUGCUCAGGUUUUCCAAAUCCCUCAGCGCAGCGGACAACAGCAGAAACAACAUCCGUGUUACUGACUGGUGCUGUUAAAAAGGAUGCUUUUUACUCCGAAACCUUCUCCGUUUAGCGUUUUUCCCCGUGGAAUAUGAAGAUUUAGCAACGCAAAGGUCAAGGUUUAAAGGCGUUAAAGCACACCAGCAGUGUAUUUGGGCAGCCAGCUGAAUGUUUACGCUUUAAAAUGGCUGCGGACGGGAUCAGAAUAAGACCGUUGAAUAAUAUGAUGCUUUAAAGCUGGAAAUAUCUCAUCACUUGAGUUAUGGUAAUGCUCUGGGAGGAAAGAUUUUUUUCAGUGUUAUGGGGAAUUAUUUUCCAGCCCUGUAACUGCAGGAGGUAACGUAGGAAAUUCCUGCCCUUGUUCAGAAACAAUGAGGCGAGAAAGAUGAUUUAAUAUGCCUGUGUUUAUGGUCAUUUUAUCAUAUCACACUCGGAUCUGGAGGUUUUCCAUUAAACGAUUGCCUAAAUUUUGGGAAACUAUUGCUGAUAUUUAAGGAAUAUCCAUGAUCUGUAAGUGAACGGAUCCCCUCUGCUGUUUUAAUUGAAACAAUCUGGGCUCCAGUAAGCAGGGAAGAAAGGCCCUAAGAUACUGAUACCCAAUCACCAACAAUAGCAGCAUCCCUAAACCAUGAAUGCUGGGAAGAGGAUGCUCAGACCUGAACUGUUUCUGGUCAGACAGAGACUGCAGGGCGUGCAGAGAUAUUUAUGGCUGUGUGUGAUGUUCUCCCUGGUGCUGAUUUCAGACUGCUCUCCAUCUAAACCCUGCGAGCAGAGCUGUCUGUCAGGCAGGUGUGUGAACGGAUCUUGUGUCUGUGAUCGUGGAUGGGUUGGGGACCAGUGUCAACACUGCCAGGGAAGAUUCAAGUUGACUGAGCCGUCUGGGUACCUAACAGAUGGCCCCAUCAACUACAAGUACAAAACCAAGUGCACCUGGCUGAUUGAGGGCUACCCAAACGCAGUCCUGAGGUUACGAUUUAACCAUUUUGCGACCGAAUGUAGCUGGGACCACAUGUACGUCUAUGACGGAGACUCGAUUUAUGCUCCCUUAGUAGCCGUCUUCAGUGGUCUCAUUGUCCCUGAAGUGAAAGGGAACGAGACUGUCCCUGAAGUGGAGACCAACUCAGGCUACGCACUUCUGCACUUUUUUAGCGACGCUGCCUACAACCUGACAGGAUUUGAAAUCUUCUACUCAAUCAACUCAUGCCCAAAUAACUGCUCUGGCCACGGGAAGUGCACCUCGGGGAACUCGAUAGCGAGCCGUGUAUAUUGUGAAUGUGAUAAGUACUGGAAGGGUGAGGCCUGUGACAUCCCGUACUGCAGGAACAACUGUGGCAGCCCCGAUCACGGCUACUGCGACCUCACCGGGGAAAAGCUCUGCGUGUGCAAUGACAGCUGGCAAGGUCCAGACUGCUCACUAACAGUGCCCUCCACAGAGUCUUACUGGGUCAUGCCCACAGUGAAGCCUUUUGGAGCAUCGCUGGGAAGAGCAUCCCAUAAGGCGGUGGUACAGGAAAAGGUUAUGUGGGUUGUUGGUGGCUACACCUUUAACUACAGCAACUUUCAGAUGGUUCUAAAUUAUAAUUUGGAAAGUGGCAUCUGGAACACUGUGCCCAUCAGUAGCGGACCCCUGCCGAGAUACGGACACUCCUGGGCACUAGAUCGGAAUGACAUCUACAUGUUUGGAGGCAAGUUGGAGAUGGGUGCCAGUAACGUAACAGAUGAACUGUGGGUUUUUAACAUACCCAAAAUGACAUGGUCGCAGAAGUCCCCCAGUGUGCCAGCCCACGGCCAGAUCUACGCUGUGGAAGGCCACUCCGCCCAUUUAGUAGAGCUGGAUAACGGUGAUGUGGUGAUGGUUGUCAUCUUCGGCUACUCCUCCAUCUACAGCUACAUCAGCAAUGUUCAGGAGUACAACAUCAGAACAAACACAUGGCUGGUGCCAGAGACCAGAGGAGCGAUCGCUCAGGGUGGGUACGGCCACAGCAGCGUGUACGACAGCAGCAGCAAGAGUGUGUACGUCCACGGGGGCUACAAAUCUCUUCCAGCAAACAAAUACGGCCUGGUGGAUGAUCUUUACCGCUAUGAGGUUCAGUCCCGCACAUGGAUGAUUCUUAGGGAAAGUAGUUACCCACGUUACCUGCAUUCGUCUGUGCUGCUGGGAGGAACGCUGCUCAUCUUUGGAGGAAAUACCCAUAAUGACACCUCUCUUAGCAAUGGAGCCAAGUGCUUCUCUGCUGAUUUCCUCGCCUAUGACAUUGCAUGUGAUGAGUGGAAGGUCCUUUCCAAACCAAACUUGCACAGAGACGUGAAUCGCUUUGGACAUACAGCAGUAACCAGUAAUGGGUCCAUGUAUGUGUUUGGGGGUUUCUCCAGCGUCCUUCUGAAUGAUGUACUAAUCUACAGGCCACCCAGCUGUGAGGCCUUCCUGGGGCAGGAGCGCUGUGAGACCGCAGGCCCUGGUGUGCGCUGCGUUUGGAAAGGGGGCCGCUGCGUGUCCUGGGAGCCCAGCUUCACUAACAGAGCUACACCUGCUCCAUUCUGCCCUGCCAAAGCUGCCACGGUGGAUGAGAGAUGUUACCGUUUCUCAGACUGCACCAGCUGUACCGCCAACACUAAUGGAUGUCAGUGGUGUGACAGCAAGAAGUGCAUCUCAGCGCUCAGUAACUGUAGUGCUACUGUGAAGAAUUUCACCAAAUGUCCAAUCAGAAAUGAGCAGAUUUGCAGUAAAAUGGCCAACUGCAAGAGCUGCUCCCUCAACCUCAGCUGCCAGUGGGAUCCUCAACAGCAGGAAUGCCACACCCUUCCUGCCCAGCUGUGUGGAGACGGCUGGAGCAAUGUUGGGGAGGCCUGUCUGCAGAUCAACUCCAGCAGGGAGAGCUAUGACAAUGCUCAGCACUACUGCAAGAACCUGGAGGGAAACAUCGCCUCCCUUACCACAGUAAAGCAGGUGGACUUUGUGCUGGAGGAACUGCAGAAGUACCAGCAGAAGGGGAAGAAACUGUCCCCCUGGGUUGGCCUGAGGAAGAUCAACGUGUCAUACUGGGGCUGGGAGGACAUGUCUUCAUUCACUAACACCUCACUGCAGUGGCUACCCAGUGAGCCCAAUGAUUCAGGCUUCUGUGCUUACCUGGAGAGAGCUCAGGUCUCUGGCCUCAGGGCGAAUCCCUGCACCGCCAACACAGACGGCCUCAUCUGUGAGAAACCAGUUGUGAGCCCGAACCAGAACGCCCGCCCGUGUAAGACGCCCUGCUCUCUGCGCACCUCUUGUGAGAACUGCACCAGCCAGGCCAUGGAGUGCAUGUGGUGUGGAAGCACCAAACGCUGCGUGGACUCCAAUGCCUACGUCAUCUCCUUUCCCUACGGCCAGUGUCUGGAGUGGCAGACAGGAGACUGCAUGUCUCAGAACUGCUCUGGUUUGCGUACAUGCGGUCUGUGUCUGGAGCAGCCUGACUGCGGCUGGUGUGGGGACCCUAGUAACACCGGCCGAGGGCAGUGCAUGGAGGGUUCAUAUCGCGGACCCAUGAAGAGCCCCUCCAGACACCGUCAAGACAUGGUGCUGGAGACGGGGCUCUGCCCAAAAGAACGGGGCUUUGAGUGGGCCUUCAUCCAGUGCCCUGCAUGCCAGUGCAAUGGCCACAGCACAUGUGUGAACGUCAGCGUGUGCGAGCAGUGUCGUAACCUCACCACCGGCCUUCACUGCGAAACAUGCUUGCCUGGAUACCAUGGAGACCCAACCAAUGGCGGAAAGUGCCAAGCCUGUAAAUGUAAUGGCCAUGCCAACGUGUGCCAGGUGCUGACGGGCAAAUGCUUCUGCACCACCAAGGGUAUCAAAGGCGACCAAUGCCAGCUUUGUGACUCAGAAAACCGUUACCUUGGCAACCCCCUCAGAGGAACCUGUUACUAUAACUUGCUGAUUGAUUACCAGUUCACCUUCAGUCUGCUUCAAGAAGAUGACCAGCACUACACUGCCAUUAACUUCAUGGCCACUCCUGAACAGACCAGCAAGAACUUGGACAUGUCCAUCAAUGCAUCAAACAAUUUCAAUCUGAACAUCACUUGGUCAGUGGGGUCAACAGCUGGGACCAUCUCUGGGGAAGAGAUCCCCAUUGUGUCCAAGACCAACAUCAAAGAGUACAGAGACAGUUUCUCUUGUGAGAAAUUCAGUUUUCACAGCAAUCCUAACAUCACUUUCUAUGUAUACGUCAGCAACUUCUCAUGGCCAAUCAAAAUACAGAUCGCCUUCUCUCAGCACAACAGCAUUAUGGACCUGGUGCAGUUCUUUGUGACGUUUUUCAGCUGUUUUCUGUCGCUGUUGCUGGUAGCUGCAGUGGUGUGGGAGAUCAAACAGACCUGUUGGGCCUCCAGGCGACGAGAGCAACUGAUGAGGGAAAGGCAGCAGAUGGCCAGUCGCCCUUUUGCCUCGGUCGCGGUGACACUGGAUUUGGGCAGCAAUCAAGUAGAACUGCUUCAGGGUGGAAUCGAGGGACCGCCCAAGCCAGUUGCUGUGGAACCCUGUUCAGGGGCUAAAGCAGCAGUGCUCACAGUGCUAAUGUACCUCCCAAGAGUGGCAUCUGGUGUUCCUCCACCCGGCCAGUCAGGUAUAGCCAUCGCCAGCGCUCUUAUCGACACGCCAACUGUUUUUUGGAGGCUGAUCUGA